AUGUUCUUCUCCAAGACAGUAUCGUCCGUUUUUGGCGCAACGGUCCUCGCCGCCGCCGCUGCCUCCGCCCAGUCCGUUCCCGCCUUCACCUACGGCACCGCCAACGCCGACUAUUCUGGUGUCAAGUCGACCAACCGAAACGGUGCCACGAACCCUUCGACUCCUGAGCUCAACACUCCCAUCAACCAGACCUCGGUCUCGCGUCUCGCAUCCAUCAACUCGAUCGAUGACUGGUGCACUUUCGGCCCUCCUGGCACUGGCCAGCCUCUGGCCGACGUAGAAGAGAUCACCGUCGCUUACUGCACCAAGCCGCGUAACAACGCUCGUAUCAUCCCAGACGGCACUGUCACAGGUGCUCACUUUGUCAAGACUCCCCUCUACGUCCAGCUCAUGGCCAGCGGUGACUUUACCUCGAUCGGCUUCAUGGCAGGCGACGAAGGUGGAGAGCUCGACCCUCACGGAGCCACCAACAUGGGUAACCCGGUCGGUGGUAACGUCACCUCCAACGUCUCCGGCCAAGACGUCUUCUACGAGGAGUGGAUGAACUAUGCCUCUGCCGACCAGGUUUGCUUCCGAGUCUGCAUCGCUGGUAGCGAACAAGCUCCCACCGCUCUGGAAUGUCAACACACUCUGGAUGUGAUGGGAUGCAACUUUAUCAUGCCAGGCAACUACGAUGACAACGUUUUCGAGACCUGCGAUGGUGAUUCUGCUUACCCACCUGGUCUUUACCCCGAGGGCAACGGUCAGACUAGCACUUUCGUCCAGUUCUUCACCGGUGUAUACUCGGCCAACGGUGUCACUUACAGCUACACCAAUGGUUCGCCGGAUCAAGUUACCCCGACUGCCGCUUACUCCACUCCGAGCACUAGCAACUGUCAGACUACUUCGACCAUCAGCAACGGUAUCAAGUCCUUGGUUGCCUCUCACACUGCCUCGUCCAGCAGCGCAGGCAAGGCCAGCAAGGCUAGCAAGUCGAGCAGCGCUGGACCUUCUGCCUCGGCCGGCUCCUCGUCUGGAUCUAGCUCCGGUUCGUCGGGCUCUUCGGGCUCGAGCAACUCGGCAGCUACUACAAGCAGCGGAGCUAGCAAGAUCGGCACCAACGCUUCUGCCGCUGUCGUUGCGCUUGCCGUUGUCGUUGCUGGCGCUAUGAUGCUCUAA